ACUCCUCGAGACAAGAUCCAGGCGGUGUAUCCGAGCAAGCAUAAACAAAACAGGAACAGAAAUAUCCAGGUGGAGAACCACGGAGUGCCAUGAAUCUUCAGGGAUAUUUAACAAGGAUUUCCUACAAGGGUCCUCAAGAAAAAAUGGAUUUGGAAACCUUGACAGCAGUCUUGCAAUGCCACAUCCGAUCAGUGCCAUAUGAAAAUCUCAGCGUGCACUGUGGAGAAGCCAUCACGUUGGAUCUGGACACAAUCUACAAGAAAAUUGUGAAGAACCACCGGGGCGGAUGGUGCCUUGAGAACAACCUUCUUUUGUUCUGGGCCUUUCAGACAAUGGGCUAUGAGAUCAGCCUUUUGGGGUCCUAUGUUUACCACCCUCAUCACAAUAAAUAUGGGAAAGAUAUGAACCAUCUCCUGUUGAAAGUGGUCAUUGAUGGAAAAGCCUACAUCGUUGACGGAGGCUUCGGGGUAGCCUACCAGAUGUGGCAACCAGUGGAACUGGUUUCUGGGAAGGACCAACCACAGACACCAGGCAUCUUUCGCCUCACGGAAGACAACGGGGUGUGGUAUUUCCACAAAAUAAAACGCAGACCAUACAAGGCCCAUUCUGACAACAGAUCUCUCUUCUAUGACGCCCCAGAAGCUCUGGUCUGCAAGAAAAUUUUCUCUUUUACUCUGCAGCCAAGAACGAUAGAAGAAUUCCAGACCCAGAAUAUGAAUCUCCAAACAUCACCCGAUUCCUUGUUUGUUAAGAAGUCAAUCUGUAGCCUCCAGACGACCAAUGGCUUUCAGGUUUUGAUUGGCUGGACAUUCAUUGAAGCCAGAUAUAAUUACAAAGACAACAUGGAUCUGAUAGAACAGACCACCCUUUCCGAUGAAGAAGUGGAGAAAACAUUACAGGAGCGGUUCAAUAUCAAAUUAAACAAGAAGUUUGCCCCUAGUAAUAUCAGCUUGGUGGCCAGGACUUAG